GGUGCGCGCCACGAGCACCGCCGCGGCACCAGUGACCGCGAGCCCAGAGCGCGGGGUCCGGGCAUGCAAGCGGCCGGGAGCCGCCGCGCUGCUGAGCCGCGGGAACUCGAUCCGCGGUGACCUCAGCUAGGGGCUAGCGCGGCGGCGGCGGCGGCGAGCCCCACGGGAAUCCUACGGGCCGGGGUGCGGGGCGGGGGUGGGGUGACGGCGGGAACGCGGGGCGCAGCCCGGGCGGGGCUGAGACAGUGAUGAGCGAGCGCGCGGGGAGGCUGCACGCCGCCGCCGCCGCCUCCCGGAGCAUCUGCCGCCCGAGCUGCUGCCCGCGGACCCGGCCAUGGAGACGCUGAACGGCCCCGCGGGCGGAGGCGCCCCGGACGCGAAGCCGCAGCCGCCGGGCCAGCACCACCGCCACCACCACCUCCACCCGCUGGCCGAGAGGCGGCGGCUGCACCGCGCGCCCUCGCCCGCCAGACCCUUCCUCAAGGACCUGCACGCCCGGCCCGCUGCGCCGGGUCCGGCGGUCCCCUCCUCCGGCCGAGCCGCGGCGCCCGCCGCCCUGCGCUCGCCCAAUCUCGCGGGCAAGGCACCUCCCUCGCCGGGGUCCUUGGCGGCGCCCGGCCGCCUCUCCAGGCGCAGCGGCGGCGUCCCGUGCGGGAAGGACAAGCCCCCGCCGGGACCUGGGGCCAGAACGGCGGGCGGUGCCAAGGCUGCCUUGGGAAGCAGGAAGGCGGCGCGCGUGGCGCCCGCGGAGCCGCUGUCCCGGGCUGGGAAGCCUCCUGGAGCCGAGCCGCCGCCCGCCGCUACCAAGGGCCGCAAAGCCAAGCGCGCCUCUCGGGCGCCCCCCGCCCGCACCAUCGGUCCUCUGACCCCGGCCGCCCGGAUCCCCGCCGUGACCCUCGCGGUGACCUCGGUGGCCGGCUCCCCGGCUCGCGGCUCGCGCAUCAGCCACACCGACAGCAGCUCCGACCUCUCCGACUGCCCCUCCGAACCCCUGUCGGACGAGCAGCGCCUGCUGCCUGCAGCUAGCAGCGAUGCCGAAUCCGGCACGGGCUCCAGCGACCGAGAACCCCCGCGAGGAGCGCCGACGCCGAGCCCGGUAGCCCGGGGAGCGCCGCCGGGCAGCCCCGAGCCCCCCUCGCUCCUCGCCGCGCCUCUCGCCGCCGGCGCCUGUCCCGGGGGCCGGAGCAUCCCGGGCGGGGUUUCCGGGGGAUUCGCGGGGCCCGGCGCGGCGGAGGAUGCCAGGGGGCGCGCGCCGCUGGAGCGACUCCUCCCCGGGACCCCCAGGGAGCCCAGCCUGGGCGAGCAGCCUCGACUCGUGCCGGCGGCGGAGGAAGAGGAGCUGCUGCGGGAGAUGGAGGAGCUGCGCUCGGAGAAUGACUAUCUCAAGGAUGAAUUAGAUGAACUCCGUGCUGAGAUGGAAGAAAUGAGAGACAGUUAUUUAGAGGAAGAUGUUUACCAGCUGCAGGAACUUCGGCGAGAAUUGGACCGUGCUAAUAAAAACUGUCGAAUCCUGCAGUAUCGUCUUCGGAAAGCUGAGCAGAAAAGCCUGAAAGUGGCCGAGACGGGUCAGGUGGAUGGUGAACUUAUUCGAAGCCUGGAGCAGGACUUGAAGGUAGCCAAAGAUGUGUCUGUCAGAUUGCACCAUGAACUUGAGACGGUGGAGGAAAAGCGCGCUAAAGCUGAAGAUGAAAAUGAAACUCUCCGACAGCAGAUGAUUGAAGUGGAGAUAUCCAAGCAGGCCCUCCAGAAUGAGCUCGAGAGACUGAAAGAGUUGGAUGCCAGUUCACUUCCCAACGAGAUGUCACGUGCUUUUGCAUCUGGCUCACGCCACCACCAAAGCAGAGAGUCUCCCGCUCAGCUUGUGUCACACUCUAGUUCCCUAAAAAGAAGAAGCAGUCGGGAAAUAUACAAAGAGAAGAAAACCUUUAACCAGCAGAAUGGUGGAAUGGAGCGCCCUGGGAACUGCAGGCCCGCAACCAAAACCCAAAGGAAGCUGGCGCCCCGGCGCAAGGAUGACAGUGCCGAUUUGAAGUGCCAGCUCCAGUUUGCCAAAGAGGAAGCCUUCCUGAUGCGCAAAAAGAUGGCCAAACUAGGAAAGGAGAAGGAUGAGCUGGAGCAAGAGCUCCAGAAGUACAAGUCCCUCUAUGGGGAUGUGGACAGCCCCCUGCCCACGGGGGAAGCAGGUGGGCCCCCCAGCACCAGGGAGGCUGAGCUGAAGCUGCGGCUGAAGAUGGUGGAGGAGGAAGCCAACAUCUUAGGCCGGAAAAUAGUUGAGCUGGAGGUUGAGAACCGUGGCCUCAAGGCGGAGAUGGAGGACAUGCGGAGCCAGCAGGAGCGGGAGGGCCCGGGCCGAGACCAUGCACCCAGCAUUCCUACCUCACCCUUCGGCGACUCCCUGGAGUCCUCCACGGAGCUCCGCCGCCACCUGCAGUUUGUGGAAGAGGAAGCGGAGCUGCUCCGGAGGUCCAUCUCCGAGAUUGAAGACCACAACCGGCAGCUGACCCACGAGCUCAGCAAGUUCAAGUUUGAGCCUCCCCGGGAGCCAGGCUGGCUUGGGGAGGGUGUGAGUCCUAGUGCUGGGGGUGGGGCCCCCCUGCAGGAGGAGCUGAAGUCGGCCAGGCUGCAGAUCAGCGAGCUCAGUGGCAAGGUGCUCAAACUACAGCACGAGAACCACGCGCUGCUGUCCAACAUCCAGCGCUGCGACCUGGCCGCCCACCUGGGGGUGCAUGCCCCCAGCCCCCGAGACAGUGACGCCGAAAGCGAUGCAGGCAAGAAGGAGAGUGAUGGGGAGGAGGGCCGCCUGCCCCAGCCCAAGCGGGAAGGGCCUGUUGGUGGGGAGAGUGACUCGGAGGAAAUGUUUGAGAAGACAUCAGGCUUUGAGAGCGGGAAGCCAUCGGAGGCCAGUGAGCCGUGCCCCACGGAGCUCCUAAAGGCCCAGGAGGACUCCGAGUGCCUAGUGACCCUAAAGCAUGAGGCCCAGCAGUUGGAGCGGACCAUGGAACGCCUCAUCACAGACACCGACAGUUUCCUCCACGAUGCCGGGCUGCAGGGUGGUGCGCCCUCACCAGGGCCUGGCCUCCAGGGUGAAGAAGAUCAGGGCGAGGGGGACCAGCAGGAGCCCCACCUGCUGGGGACCAUCAAUGCCAAGAUGAAGGCUUUCAGAAAGGAGCUGCAGGCCUUCCUGGAGCAGGUGAACCGCAUUGGGGAUGGCCUGUCCCCCUUGCCCCACCUCACAGAGUCCUCCAGCUUCCUCUCCACUGUGACUUCUGUGUCCCGGGACUCCCCCAUCGGGAACCUGGGGAAGGAGCUGGGCCCCGACUUGCAGUCCAGACUGAGAGAGCAGCUGGAGUGGCAGCUCGGGCCGGGCCGAGGGGAUGAGCGGGAGAGCCUGCGCCUCCGAGCCGCACGGGAGCUGCACCGCCGAGCAGACGGGGAUGCUGGGAGCCACGGGCCAGGAGGCCAGAGCUGCUUCAGCCUGGAGCUCAGGGGCCCCCCUGUUUUACCUGAGCAGAGUGUAUCCAUAGAGGAGCUACAGGGUCAGCUCAUGCAGGUGGCCAGACUGCAUCAAGAGGAGACAGAGACAUUUACAAACAAGAUCCAUAAGAUGGAGGAGGAGCACCUCUAUGCCUUGAGAUGGAAAGAAGUGGAAAUGCACAGCCUGGCUUUGCAAAACACCCUCCAUGAGCGAACCUGGAGUGAUGAGAAGAAUCUGAUGCAGCAGGAGCUCCGGUCCUUGAAGCAGAACAUUUUCCUCUUCUACGUCAAACUCAGGUGGCUGCUGAAACACUGGCGACAAGGGAAGCAGAUGGAGGAGGAAGGAGAGGAGUUCACUGAGGGUGAGCAUCUGGAGACCCUCCCCAGACUCGGGGAGCUUGAAUUCCAGGCGGGUCACCAGGUGGAUGGCCCAGACCGUGACGACGGUGACCGAGGCUGUGGCUUUCCGGUGGGGGAGCACCCCCAACACUCUCGGCUGCAGAUUGGAGAUCACAGCUUGCGACUGCAGACUGCAGAGAGGGGACAGCCCCACAAGCAGGUGGUGGAAAACCAGCAGCUGUUCAGUGCCUUCAAGGCCUUGCUGGAGGACUUCCGCGCGGAGCUGCGGGAGGACGAGCAUGCCCGACUGCGGCUGCAGCAGCAAUAUGCCAACGACAAGGCAGCCUGGGAUGUGGAGUGGGCCGUGCUCAAGUGCCGCCUGGAACAGCUGGAAGAGAAGACUGAGAACAAGUUGGGAGAACUAGGCUCCUCCACUGAGAGCAAGGGGGCCUUGAAGAAGGAGAGAGAGGUGCACCAGAAGCUCCUGGCUGACAGUCACAGCCUGGUCAUGGACCUGCGCUGGCAGAUCCAUCACAGCGAGAAGAACUGGAAUCGGGAAAAGGUGGAACUUCUUGACCGCCUGGACAGAGAUCGGCAAGAGUGGGAGCGGCAGAAAAAGGAACUCUUGUGGAGGAUAGAGGAGUUGCAGAAAGAGAACAGUCCCCAGAGAGCUGGCAGUUUCCUCUGUGAUCAAAAAGACGGCAACGUUCGCCCCUUUCCCCACCAGGGAAGCCUCCGCAUGCCCCGUCCUAUGUCCAUGUGGCCUUGCGCAGAUGCUGACUCAGUACCAUUUGAAGACCGGCCACUGUCCAAGCUGAAGGAGUCGGACAGGUGCUCGGCCAGUGAGAACCUCUACCUGGAUGCCUUGUCCCUGGAUGAUGAACCAGAGGAGCCACCAGCCCACAGGCCUGAGAGGGAGUUCAGGAACCACCUCCCUGAGGAAGAAGAAAAUCACAAGGGAAAUCUGCAGAGGGCGGUGUCUGUGUCCUCCAUGUCCGAGUUCCAGCGCCUAAUGGACAUCUCCCCAUUCCUGCCUGAGAAAGGCCUGCCAUCCACCAGCAGCAAGGAGGACGUCACCCCGCCCCUGUCUCCAGACGACCUCAAGUACAUUGAGGAGUUCAACAACAAGAGCUGGGACUAUUCACCCACCAGGGGCCACAAUGGUGGGGGGCCAGACCUCUGGGCCGAGAGGACCGAGGUGGGGCGGGCAGGGCACGAGGACAGCACAGAGCCUUUCCCUGACUCCUCCUGGUACCUGACCACAAGUGUCACCAUGACCACGGACACCAUGACCAGCCCAGAGCACUGCCAGAAGCAGCCGCUGCGGAGCCAUGUCCUCACUGAGCAGUCGGGGGUGCGUGUGUUACACAGCCCACCUGCCGUGCGCAGGGUCGACAGCAUCACGGCAGCGGGGGGCGAGGGUCCUUUUCCCACAAGCAGAGCCAGAGGGAGCCUGGGAGAUGCCAAGGGGGGCCCUACAGAACCCAUGCUUAGCAGGUGGCCUUGCACCUCCCCCAGGCACUCCCGGGACUAUGUGGAGGGGACACGGCGCCCCCUGGAUACCCCCCUCUGCACCUCCCUGGGGUUUGCCUCUCCACUGCACAGCCUGGAGAUGUCCAAGAACUUGAGUGAUGACAUGAAGGAGGUAGCCUUCUCUGUGAGGAAUGCCAUCUGCUCUGGCCCUGGUGAGCUGCAAGUCAAGGACAUGGCCUGCCAGACCAAUGGGUCCCGGACGAUGGGGACCCAGACUGUUCAAACUAUCAGUGUGGGCCUGCAGACUGAAGCCCUGCGUGGUGUCACCAGCAGCCCCCACAAGUGUCUCACACCAAAAGCUGGGGGCGGUGCUACACCUGUGUCAUCUCCUUCCCGAAGCCUUAGGAGCAGACAGGUGGCCCCUGCCAUCGAGAAGGUGCAGGCUAAGUUUGAACGCACAUGCUGCUCCCCCAAGUAUGGUUCUCCCAAGCUGCAGAGGAAGCCCCUCCCCAAAGCUGACCAGCCAAAUAACAGGACGUCACCAGGGAUGACCCAUAAAGGGUACAGUGAGUCAGCCUGGGCCCGCUCCACUACCACCAGGGAGAGCCCCGUGCACACCACCAUCAAUGACGGCCUUUCCAGCCUCUUCAACAUCAUUGACCACAGCCCCGUGGUGCAGGACCCCUUCCAGAAGGGGCUGCGGGCCGGCAGUCGGUCUCGCUCAGCAGAACCCCGACCAGAGCUGAGCCCAGGCCAGGAAACAGGCACUGAUUCCCGAGGAAGGUCGCCUAGCCCCAUUGGGAUAGGCUCAGAGAUGUGCAGGGAGGAAGGAGGAGAGUGCACGCCAGUGAGGCAGGACUUAUCUGCUCCCCCUGGCUACACACUCACUGAGAACGUGGCCCGGAUCCUCAACAAGAAGCUGCUGGAGCAUGCCUUAAAGGAGGAGAGGAGGCAGGCUGCCCAUGGGCCCCCAGGUCUCCACAGUGACAGCCACUCGCUGGGGGACACAGCCGAGCCAGUGACCAUGGAGGAACUACCUUGUUCUGCACUAGCUCCAUCCCUAGAGCCCUGCUUCUCCAGACCGGAGAGACCAGCAAACCGUCGCCCUCCGUCCCGUUGGGCCCCACAUUCCCCCACUGCCUCACAGCCUCAGUCACCCGGAGACCUGACAUCCUCGGAGGAACACGGUGGUGAGGAGCCACCUGAGGAGAAGCUGCACCGUGAUGCAAGCUUGUAUGGAUUAUCACAGUAUAAUUCACUGUAAUUUGCAUAACCACACCAUCGCCAUGAACGAAACUCUACCCAAAAGGAGAGAUCUAGUUUUCUCAAGGUCAAAGAAUGUUUUUAAAAACACACAGCUGCUGAAUGUUCAACCUGUGAAACUGAGAUGUUUCCAGAAUGAAACAGUAAAUGUGCCUGUAAUAACUUAAUUUUUUUCAUAGCUCAGAAAACUAUUUUUGUCUCCAUCUUUUUUACACACAGUAUAUUAAACAAAAAGGUAAAUAAGGUAUAAAUAGAUUUUAAAAAUAAAAGUUUUAAAAAAUGUACAUUUAAAGAGAUUCUGAACACCCUUGCUGUCAAUACCUGACUGCCUCUCUGUUAACUUUGCACUGUUAGAUUCUGGUUUGGUUUAUUUCUGUGUUGAAUUAGAGUGGAUUAAUUUAAUUUUAUUUUGUCAGCGUUACUGUUUUUUAAGAAUUUUUUAAUGCUUCAGACUGUCUGAUUCAGUGAACUUUUUGUAGUGAAAAUGCCAUGAAGCCAGUAGACAAGACAGAUAUUCUAUAUACUGGAGGGGAUACAGGACAUUUUUGAAAGGGUACAAAGUCCUCAGUGGGCUUAGAAAAUUCACUGUAUCAUCCAUAUAUUAUCUUACUCGGCUUGCACGUCUUCGGGUGCAUGUAUAUACCGCUACUGUGUCCUCGCCGCCACCUAAAUGUGACUCAGUCUAUUCCACUGUAAUAUGUCGUGAAAUUCCUUGUACUGUACUUUUAUUGUUGAUCUUCUUGCAUCGAUGAUACAACAGCAACAACAUUUUUAAAUUAUUGUGAAAAGAUUAACUGGCAAUGUACAGCGUUUACUCAAAAUUUUCUUGUUUAAGGGAAGACACUACAAAAAGUCACGAGGAUACCAAAUGGAAACACAUCAUGGUGCCUCUGAGUCUGUGUGAGACCAUGAUGAAGUAGAAAUAAAGCCUUUCCGAGAUGGCA